AUGGAGGUGACGUACAGGUUCCGAAAAUCCGUCGGCUCCAUUGAGUUACUGUACGGCGAUGAGCGAUACCCAAACGGCUCCGACGAAGACAUGUGUGACGAGGGCUGCCUGGAGCUGCCGCCGCCGCCCGAGUUUCGUCUUCCACCCCCGCCGGACUUCUCGUGCUUGUUCCCCGACGCCGACCCGCCCCCGCCGUGCCUCGCUAGAGGAUCGCUGCCGAUCGCCACCAAGGCCGACUCGGCCGUCUACAGCGCAUGCGUGGUCGCGUUGGCCAUCGCCGUAUUGUUCUUAUGUGGACUGUUCGUGCUCUGUUACAGGUAA